GCUCUCAGCACCGCCUCGCGCACACCUCCAGCCGCCAUGCAGCCCGCUCGAGAGGGCCUCGCUCUCUCGCUCUCGCGCCUCCUCGCCGACAAGAUGGCGCGCAAUAGCUUCGCGCCGAGCGUCCAGGACUCGUCAGCCUCGGUCGCUCAGCAGCGGUACGACGAGCCGGCGAGGCCGGCGUGGCUUGUCCAACGCUGCCCGACAGCGACCAUGGCGCAGCUCGACGCCGACGGCGGGUGCUUCUGCGGCAAACUUGACCAAGGCGCUUCGCUGUGCGACGGCAACGGCCUGAACGACCGCCGAGCCGUCUGCAUCGAGGACCUGCGCGACGACGACGAGCGAGACGCCGCCAUCCUCGAGCGACUGGUCGAGGAGGGGUACAAGGUGGACGACUGGCCCGCCGCACGAGAGGGCGACGGCGAUGAAUUCCGCGAGGGGUUCGAGCGCGAGGUGCCGCCUUGUCCGGUCGGCUACGCUCGCGUCGGCGGCGACGACGGCGCAUUGCCCGUCUGCCAGCACACGCGCUCUCCAUACUCUUGCGGCCGCGAGCAGAGGAACUGCUUCUCUCGACCGGGCAUUCUGCAGGCCCAGUGCACCGACGACGGCGAGUGUGAGAUAUUGGUCUGCAAGGAGGGCUGGCGGUUCCACUUUGACGCUUCGGGCGCAGCCGGCGGGUCGAGUGCGUCGUCUUGCGUGCCGGGCAAGCCGCUGUUCUACUCGCCGGCGACGUGAGCGGAGCAGUCGAGCGUCCGAGCACGCGCAGUGUCGAGCUGACGGGCUCGAGCGCACCUCUUUCCGUCGCGUCGUCUCCUUUCUCGGCGUCUCGCCGUCAGUGCUGGAGCCGUAGCUGCGGUUCUCCGAUACAUAGAGUCGUGCACGAGGCUUGCUCGG